AUGGGCGGUGAAGAGAGAGAGUUAGGAGAAGGAAGCAACGUAAAAGCAAACGCGAAGAGAAGAAGAAGGACAUGGCUGAAGAGGAAAGAGAAAUGGCUUGUAGUACUUGGCGUUGUUCUGCACGCCGUUUAUAUGCUCAGCAUUUUCGACAUCUACUUCAAGUCCCCCAUUGUUCAUGGCAUGGAUCUCGUUACCCCUCGUUUCAAAGCCCCUGCAAAACGCCUCGUUUUACUCGUCGCUUUUGAGCCUGUGCUGCAGCUGAUGGUCUGCGAGCUGACAAAUUCUUCGAGUCCGAUUCUGAAGGAAAGUUCAGAGCUCCAUUUUUAA